AUGUCGGACUCUUCCAUCAGAGAAACCAUCGAAUUCGAUGAUAGCACUCCUAGCUUGACCGAGCAUGACCAUACUCCCAGUCCCGGCGACGAUGACGAUGAUUCCUUCCGCGAAGAUUUCGAUCACGCCGAUUCCAGCAGCCUGAGUACCUCCGAAGAUGAAGCCAACGAGUCCCUUCCAGCCGAGUCCGAUUCCCGCAACCUCGCCGAAGAAAACCAUGGUUCCCCUUCGCCCAAGAAAGACGCCCAAAAAGCUGUCAUCGCAGCCGCCCGGGCUCAGAAUACCGAUCUGGACAAGAUGGUGAAGCAGCAUGAUCACGAAAUUGGCAACCUGAUGGACGAGUUCUGCGACCAUGUCUCUAGCCAUGAAAAGACGUCCAAGGCAGAGUCGGAAAAGCACAUCGCAUUCCAAAACGAUGUCGGCGACCGAUUCGCCAGCCUGGAGCAGAGCGUUGUCGACCGUAUUCUUCUGUUGGGGAAGAUUACCAGCAGCCGAAUGACUCGUCUUGAGAAGAUCAUCAAUGCGAGGUUUGCUUCUCCGGAACAGAGCAUGAAUUACCGAUUUGCCGAGCUUGAGGAGCGCAUCGAUUAG